GUUCCAGGUAAGAAUUUUAAACGGACGUUGCUGUCCUUAGUCUCGUUGACAAUAUUAGUUGAUAUAGGACAACAAUUAUAUACAGAAUUUUCGUUGACAAUAUUAAUUAGUAGAUAUAAGACAAUUAUGUACAGAAUUUUCGUUUCUUUACAACAUGCAUUGUAAUUUACGUCUGAUUCAUUGGUCAGAAUAGAUUCACCAUGCAACACCCGGAAUAUGCAACAAGUGCCGGUGCAAGACUAUUUGACCGAGGGCCCCACAACGCUACCCCCAUGCACAACUAUCUCAGUGGGGAUGGCAAGUCACUCAUCUGGAAUGGCCCUGCCCACUACGUACCCUCCGAGAGGAGCUGGAUAGGUCAUCACCAGUACCGAUCGUUGCCUAGAGACACUAAACGAGACGCCAAGGAGAUGCAGAGCGAGGAUGAGUGGGUGAACUUCAUGAGGCAGAGAGACACGCCCUCUGGUUACUAUCACAAGGAUAUCGGUGUAUUACAGUCCGGGGUACCAGAAUGCCGUCUCUUCGGUUACACACGUGACCUUCCCAGUAUGCCCCCGCGAGAGCUCCAGGACAUCUCCUGGCCCAAAGCCGAUGCUUUUGUCCCACUGGAGAGGUCCGACCGAGGGCAAUAUUACGGCUAUUAUCACGAGGCGAUUGAGCGAGAAAGAGAACGAAGAAGGAGGGAGUUACCCGAAAGUUUGAGAGUUGAAGCCAGAGACAUUCCGAUGUUGUAGAUGAUUAGAUAUCACGUGCAAUGCUUCUUCUAAGAAAUCUGUAAAUAACGAUUACAAAGUGUGUGUAUUUGUAUAUGUAAAAGUUAUUCUCAUUGUUUGUUGUGUGACAAUAUCUAUAAUUAUAAUAUGAUGUUUUAUGAAUUUAGAAAUGAUACAAUUAAAGAAGAAAUUGAUAUAA